UUUUAAUCAGACGUGUUGAGGAACUUUCGUCUCAGAUAUUAGGGAAGUUACAGUAAAAGAAUGUGAAGUUGGUGAGAAAAGAGUUCUCGGAACAGAAAGAAAAAAGGAAGUCAGGAAGUGGUUAAAACAGUUUCUUGACAUAUGUGACAACUCGUCUGUCCGUCAGUCAGUUAACGCUCCGCUCACUCUUCUGUCAGGAGUCCCAACCUGAAGAGACUGAAGUAAGGAUGGCAGUUUGGGACAAAAAGAUCCUCUGGGCCGUCAUGUUGGUCCUGACAGGUGCUCUGGGUCAAAGAGUGAACUAUCCAGAUCCUGUUUGUGGUGUAAAAGGAUCGACCGUCCUCCUCCCCUGCUCCUUCAACACACUGAAGUCUAUCAAUGGAACAGAAGUUUUGAUCGAGAUCAUCAGAGUCGUCUGGUGCCAGAACCAUGAAAUCUGUCAGGGAACGACUCCGUCUGUUUACAACAGCAGCUCAAACUUCAACAACUCUCGUUACAGAUACCUGGGAGACAACAAGGGAGACUGCACUUUACAGAUCUCAGAUUUACAGAAGGAAGACAACGCAACUUUUCGCUUCAGAAUGGAAGCUAAUGAUGGCAGAGCAACUUUUACUGAACGAUCAGGAGUGAGAGUCACAGUCGUAGAUGGUGAUCAGAUGAAGAUAAACAGCUCCAGAGAUGACGGAGAGUUUAAAAGAGGGGAAGCAGUCACACUGAACUGUUCUGCUGCAAUCUGCACUAUCCACCAACUGGAGGUCACCUGGUUCAGAGAUGGCCACGCCCUCUCAGAGACUGGCCCCGCCCUCCAUCUCAGCUAUCUGACUGCAAAGGAUUCUGGGAAUUACACCUGUGGUUUGAAGAAGAAUAACCGCACCCUCUCCAUCCCGUAUAGGCUGCAUGUAGAAGGAGGAGGUCUGCCUCUGAUCGUUGGUCUGGUGGUCGGGGUCCUGCUGGUUCUCUUCGCUAUUAUUCUGGUCUUCUGCAUCAUGAAAAGGAAGAGAGCAGCAGGUCUGGAUCAGACAGCCGUGGGACGGGACGGGGAACAAGAGCACUCUGAUAACAUCUACAGCAACGACUUCCUGCAGCUUGCUGAGCAGCAGGGACCCAGCAGCGCUGUGGAGGAAGUCAGCUACGCCUCGGUCCAGUUCACACACAAGAAGCAGGCCAGGUACUGGAGGCUGCUAAACAUGGCCCUGUUCAUACCUUCAGACUUUGGUAUUUUCAAUAUGGAACCUAUUUUCCCCUGCAGUGGUUUCUAA